AUGGCAGAAGAAGCUUUCCUCGAUCGGGAAUCUCUCAGAUGCUCCAUUUGUCAGGAUCUCUUCAGAAAUCCAGUGAUUAUUCCCUGCGGACACAGCUUCUGUAAGGACUGCAUUACACGUCUGUGGGAUCAGGGUAUGAGCAGAUGCCCUCAAUGCAAACAGACCUUUAACAACAGACCAGACUGGCUACACGCGAAGGAACUUUCUGAGAAGCUGAUGAAGAUGAGAACACGGGCUGAGGAGGAAGCCGAAGAUGUGAGCUGUGACUCCUGCAGCUCCACAACAACCAAAGCCAUCCGAUCCUGCCUCACCUGUCUCGCCUCUUACUGCAGCACUCACCUGGAGCAACACGAUGAGCUUCACGCGCGGAGAAAACACCAGCUGACUGAUGCCACGGAUCUCCAGAAUAAAAUCUGCUCUCAGCACGGGAAACUUAUCGAUAUUUUCUGCCGUACUGAUCAGCAGUGUGUCUGUGUGCUGUGUGCACUAUAUGAACACAAGAGUCACGACACCAUCUCAGCUUCUGAUGAAAGAGCAGACAGACAGAGGAAGUUGAUGGAAACACGAGUGAAGUUUUUGCAGAACAUCCAAGACAGAGAGAAGGAUUAUAAAGAGCUAACGCAGACUAAGGAGUCGAUCCGUCGUUCAGCACAGACAGCAGUCACAGAAAGCGAACGAAUCUUCAGCGAGGUGCUGCAGUCUCUUCAGAAAACAAGCUGCCGCGUGAAAGAACUGAUUGCAGAUCAACAGAGAGCUGAACUCAAUCAUAUUGAAGGAGUUCAGGAGAAAGUCCAGCAGAAGAUCGCUGACAUGAAGAUGAAGGUGUCUGAGCUCGAUCAGUUUAUGACCACUGAAGAUCACAUUCAUUUCCUGCAGAAUUACCCGUCUGACUGUGAAGAAUCCAUGUCUGAAGAAUUUGAAGAUCUUUCCAGCAUUUCUGAACAUCCAGAUGCUUUUUUUCACAACGUGACGAUGCUGGUUUCUAAAAUGCAAGAGCGUUUGUUGGAUGUCACCAAAACGACAGAGAUCGAGAUCAAGAUCAAGUCUGUAAAAGUUUUGCCUCCUGUUGGUGGAAUUGUGAAACUGUCUGAAACUCCAGCGUUUGGUAAAAAAGAUGAGCGGUGGAAUUGUGACAUCUGCCUGGUGACAAAUGAAGGCACAACUAGCCAUUGUGUUGCAUGCCAUGAGCCAAAGCCAAAUAUGAAAAGCAAGUUUUGUUUUGGUAGUUUUGCCAACCAACGUGCUGCAACACUAUUUAAAGACUCGGGUCUUCGUUUUCAGAAAGAUCAGAGUAAAGCAUCUACUUGUGGAUUUGAUUUUGGCAACGCGUCUUCAUCUGUUUUCAAAUUUGAUGUUGAACAGUACAAGAAGAAAGAAAACGAGGCUUUUACAGCUGCAGACAAGACUAGUCAUGAUGGUAAUCCCCUUUCAACUAGCAGCGACUUGUGUGGUUCUGUUCAGCUUGACCAGAAGAAUGUUUUCCGUUUUGGGGAAUUAGUUAAAGGAUUUAACUUCAGUUUUCAGUAUGUUCCCUCUAAAUCCACAUCUGUGCUAAAUCAAAGUGAAGCUUCUUGCCCAGAUGAUGAAGAAGAAACAUACGAGCCAGCUGUACCAUUACCAGAUGUUAUUGAGAUCUCAACUGGAGAGGAAAAUGAACAAGUAGUUUUUAGUCACAAAGCCAAACUAUACCGCUUUGACAAAGAAUUACUCCAGUGGAAGGAAAGAGGCGUAGGUGAACUCAAAAUACUUGAAAAUGAUAAACCCAGACGGGCAAGACUCGUGAUGAGGAGAGAGCAGGUUUUGAAAUUAUGUGCAAACCACUGGAUUACUCCAAAUAUGAAGCUCGAGCCAAUGAAAGCGUCCGAGAAUGCGUGGACGUGGAACGCCUUUGAUUUUGCUGAUGGAGAAGGCAGGGAUCAGACGUUAGCGGUGCGGUUUAAACUGCAGGAGUCUGCGGAUGCUUUCAGGAAAAUCUUUGAAGAAGCAGUGGCCACUGCCUCUAGUUUACCAGAGAGAGGAAAGAGCACCCAGGACCAGUGUGACGCUGAUGUUGAGAUCGUGUUUGAGCGUAAGCCGACAGCAGAACAAGCUGAACUGGCGACCAGACUGAUGCUUCCUCACACGUUCUUCUGUUACAGAAACCAGCUGGGAUACGUAAGCGAUGAGGAUGACGAUGAAGAUUUUGAGGAGGCAGUCAAAUCUUUGAAGGGAAAGUUGUAUCCUGGUCUGUCCAUCCAAGGAAGAUGCAUCCUGCUGGUCAUGAUGCAAAUCAUCCUCGAGAAAAUGCUGGAGCCGCAACAGAGACGCAAAGUGACAGAGAGGAAGAGGAUGAUGAUGAUGAUGAUGAAGCACCUGUACAUGUGGAACUACCAUCGGUUGAGGAGAAUGAAGAGGAGAUGUUGUUCAAGGAGUGGACCAAACUUUACCGCUGGGACUGUGAUAUUAAGAAGUGGAAAGCCCGCAGUGAAGGAGACAUUAAGAUCCUUUUCCAUCCCUCGAGGAAGCUCUACCGUGUGUUUAUGUGGCAAGAAGGGGAUAAAAAGGUGUGUGUAAACCACUGUAUCACCAGAGCCAUUCAUCUGAAACGGCUGAACACCUCCACAAGCGCAGUGACGUGGACAGCUGCUGACUCCUCAGAGGGAGAUGCUGUGUUACGGCAGUUUGCUGUCAAGUUUAAGACUCCAGAACUGGCUGUUUCCUUCACAAAAACCUUUACAGACUGUCAAAGUCGCAUGUCAGAGUUCAUGCAACCAGUUGAAAAAGUAAAGCUGGUUAAUGACCUGUGUCAGAGGUCACGCUUGAAAGAAUAUUAAUGUUAGAACAAUGAUAUAUAAAUGUUUGAAGAUGACAGCUAAAGCCAUUAUUUUUCUAUGUAUUUUUCUCGGUUUGAAUGUAAACAACACUACUAUUUGUUGAACACUAGUAAACUUGUUGAAAUCAUUUGCACAAUGGCAAAUUUAUUUUUGUUACAUAUAUGUAAAGGUCUUGGGUUAUUUCAGAAUAUGCUUCUGGAGAAACGAGAUGAUGUAAUCUUUGAAUAAAUAAGAUUAUA